GGAUGUUCUGUCCUGAGGGAGCACCAAACCAAACCCUCUGUCUAGCAGGUUAUUACUGCAGCAUACCCUUGCCUCAGUUACCCUGCCCUGCUGGUUAUUACUGCCCAGAGGGCUCUCAGGCUCCAGUUGAAUGUCCAGUUGGCCAUUACUGUUCUCAGGGUAUUGUCAGCCAUGAAGGUUCCACUUGGGUCAUUGGUGCUAUGAAGCCAGUGAAAUGUCCUCUGGGACACCGGGAAUAUGAUGGAUCCAGUAGGAAAACCUUCAACAGCACAUGUGAGCCUUGCCCGGCUGGUUACUAUGGGAACCACAGCGAUCGUCAGAUCUGCCUGGAGUGCCAAGCGGGUGUGGUCUGCCUCCAAGGGGCCACCACCACUGAUCCACCAUCAAAUGUGACAGAGUAUGAACUUACAGUGUUCAGAUCUUACAUCUGUCCAAAAGGUCACUACUGUCCUAAUGGGAGCGCUGAGCCAAUUCCUUGUCCUGUGGGCACUUACAAUCCCAGUGAAGGAAGGGGCAAUGUGGAGAGCUGUCUGAGGUGCCCCACCAACUAUUUCAACCAUUUAACAGGGCAAGCUGCUUGCUUCACCUGUGGUUCACAGGCCAUACAACCUGAAGAAGGACACGACCGUUGUAUUUGCCCCCAGUCAGGGCAGAUGUUCCAGCCCAGUGACUCACGUUGCGUGUGUGCUGUGAGACAUCAGAUGGUAUCUGACGGAAAAAGAGAAUGCGUCAGGAAGCUGUAUGACAUUUGCCGAGAGGGAGCCAGCAGAAAUCAGGAUGGGACUUGUCUCACAAUCGGAGAGUGGGAGGAAUAUUGCUCCCUGAAGGUUUGUGCUUCCCCUGCAGAUUACCAGGGCUAUGACAGAGAUUUGGGCCUUUGUCUCUGCCGGGUUGCAGCCUUGGACUCGGUAUGUGACCAGCAGUGCAGGCAGCUACAACGCAACACACUGCAGAUACUCUGCAAAGGAGGACCUGAGCUUUGCAUUACCUACAGAAAUGGUUUGAAGGAUGAAGUGCCUUUGAACCACAUUGGAAGGAUACUGAACAGCAGAAAUGUCUUGGAGCAGAGCCAGUGCCACCCACAUCAUAACUUCAUUCAGCCUGUGUACCUGGUGGAGACAUCUGAAAAUGUAACUAUGCAUGUGACAUCUCCCAGCCACAAGGAUCCUGAGGCUCAUGGGUCAGGUGUUCAUCAAUCUUUUGUUAACGGCACAUUGUUUUCUGGCAUCUUCAACCCCACCAUCUGCAUCCACACUGGAAGCAUCAUCCUGUUCACAGUGUCCAGUGAAUAUUACCCUGUGUAUGACAGCGUAAAUCUUUACAACACUGACAGCGACUUCGACUGGGGAGCAUUCCGUGAACUUGAGGAGGAGCUGGAACUCCCCUCGACCUCAUCCUGGCUCUUCACUUAUCGCUUCAACCAGCCCGGUGUUCAUGUCUUCCAACUGAGCAGCAACCCCAGCAAGAAGAUGUAUGUCCGAGUGAUGACUGUUGGCGGCCAAUGCUAUGAAGAAGGGCCCUUCUUCCCCACCACCCCCAGAACCUUUAUCCGCAUGGGUAUCCACAGGACCCAAGACCUACCGUUCAAACCUGAUUGGCUCGUUAUUUCCAGCCUACUGGCGGCAUCGACAGCAACAGUCGGUAUCUGGGCAGGAUUGAUGGUGAGCAGCUGA